GAAGUGGGGCUGCUUCGUUCUCCCUCGCCAUGGCGCUGGCUGUGUUGCGCGUCCUAGAACCCUUCCCGACUGAGACCCCACCGUUGGCGGUGCUGUUGCCUCCCGGGGGCCCGUGGCCAGCGGCGGGGCUGGGUCUGGUGCUGGCGCUGCGGCCGGCGAGCCAAAGUCCCGCGGGGCCCGCGCUGCUCGUGGCGGCCGUGGAAGGGUCCGGCGCCCAGUGCGAGCAGCGCGGGCCCGGGCCUCCGCCGCUGCUGGUGAGCCGCGCGCUGCUGCGGGUCCUGGCGCUGGGUCCCGGGGCGCGAGUGCGAGCGCGGCUCGUGCGGCGGCCUCCGGCCCUGGGCUGGGCGCUGCUUGGCACGUCUCCGGGGCCUGGGCUUGGGCCUCGAGUCGGGCCGCUGCUGGUGCGCCGCGGGGAGACCCUGCCCGUGCCCGGUUCGCGAGUGUUGGAGACGCGACCGGCCUUGCAGGGGUUGCUGGGCCCGGGGACACGUCUGGCUGUUACUGAGCUCCGCGGGCGGGCAAAAGUGGGCCCGGAGAGUAGGGAUCCCAGCCAUCCCCCACCCCCGCCCGUAGUAUCCUCCUUUGCAGUACCCCACUCUGUCCGGCAACUCCAAGGCGUUCUGGGAGGCACUGGAGAUGCACUGGGUGUGAGCCGGAGCUGUCUCCGGAGUCUCGGGCUCUUCCAGGGCGAGUGGGUAUGGGUGGCUCCAGUCGGAGAGUUACCAAACACCCCCCGGCCGCACUUGGCUCGAGUACAGGUUCUAGAGCCUCGCUGGGACCUGUCCGAGAGACUGGGACCCAACUCUGGGCAGCUGGGCGAGCCACUCGCUGACGGAUUGGUGUUUGUGCCUGCCACUCUGGCUUUUAAUCUCGGCUGUGACCCCCUGGAAAUGGGAGAACUCAGAAUUCAGAGGUAUCUGGAAGGCUCCAUCGCCCCUGUGGAUAAAGGAAGCUGUUCACCACUGCCUGGGCCUCCGUUUGCUCAAGAGUUACACAUUGAAAUUCUGUCCUCGCCUCACUACAGUGCUAAUGGAAAUUAUGACCGUGUUCUAUACCGACACUUUCAGACACCCAGGGUGGUCCAGGAAGGGGAUGUUCUGUGUGUAUCAACGGAUGGGCAAGUUGAGAUCCUGGAAGGAAGCCUAGAGAGACUGCCCAGGUGGCGGGAGGUGUUUUUCAAAGUGAAGAAGACGGUUGGAGAAGCCCCAGAUGGGCCAGCUAGUGCCUUCCUGGCUGAUACCACCAACACUUCUUUGUACAUGGCUGGCACCGCCCUGAGUCAUGUUCCACCGCUGCCUUCAGGAAGGUCCCCGCCCUGGGACAGCUUGUCUCCCCCGGGCCUGGAGGCCUUGGUAAAUGAGCUGUGUGCUGUCCUGAAGCCUCACCUGCAGCCUGGAGGAACAUUGCUCACAGGAUCCAGCUGUGCGCUUCUGCGGGGUCCCCCAGGCAGCGGGAAGACCACGGCAGUCACGGCUGCGUGCAGCCGCCUCGGGCUCCAUUUACUGAAGGUGCCUUGCUCCAGCCUCUGUGCAGAUAGUAGUAGGGCGGUGGAGACAAAGCUACAGGCCACCUUCUCCCGGGCCCGCCGCUGCAGGCCUGCAGUCCUCCUGCUGACAGCUGUGGACCUUCUGGGCCGGGACCGAGAUGGGCUGGGUGAGGAUGCCCGUGUUGUGGCCACACUGCGCCACUUCCUCCUCGACGAGGACCCUCUCAGCAGGUGCCCUCCUCUCAUGGUGGUGGCUACCACAAGCCGUGUCCAGGACCUGCCCACCGAUGUGCAGACAGCAUUUCCUCAUGAGCUGGAGGUGCCAGUGCUGUCCGAGGAUCAGCGGCUCAGUGUCCUGCAGGCCCUCACUGCCCACCUGCCCUUGGGCCAGGAGGUUAACCUGUCCCAGCUGGCACGGCGCUGUGCAGGCUUUGUGGUAGGGGAUCUCUAUGCCCUUCUAACCCAUACCUGCCGGGCAGCCUGCACCAGGAUCAAAGCAUCAGGUUUGGCAGGUGGCUUGAGUGAGGAGGAUGAGGGGGAGCUGUGUGCAGCUGGCUUUCCCCUGCUGGCCGAGGACUUCGGGCAGGCAUUAGAUCAACUGCAAACAGCUCAUUCCCAAGCUGUGGGAGCACCCAAGAUCCCUUCAGUGUCCUGGCACGAUGUGGGUGGGCUGCAGGAUGUGAAGAAAGAGAUCCUGGAGACCAUUCAGCUGCCUCUGGAACACCCUGAGCUGCUAAGCCUGGGCCUGAGACGGUCUGGCCUCCUGCUGCAUGGGCCCCCAGGCACUGGCAAGACUCUGCUGGCCAAGGCAGUGGCUACUGAGUGCAGCCUCACCUUCCUCAGUGUAAAGGGACCGGAGCUCAUCAACAUGUAUGUGGGCCAAAGUGAAGAGAAUGUCCGGGAAGUGUUUGCCAGGGCCAGGGCUGCUGCUCCAUGCAUCAUCUUCUUUGAUGAACUGGACUCCUUAGCUCCAAGCCGAGGACGGAGUGGAGAUUCUGGAGGAGUGAUGGACAGAGUUGUGUCUCAGCUCUUAGCGGAGCUGGACGGGCUUCACAGCACUCAGGAUGUGUUUGUGAUCGGAGCCACUAACAGACCAGACCUCCUGGAUCCUGCCCUUCUGCGGCCUGGCAGAUUUGACAAGCUGGUGUUUGUAGGGGCAAGUGAGGACCGGGCCUCCCAGCUUCGUGUUCUGAGCGCCAUCACACGAAAGUUCAAGCUGGAGGCCUCUGUGAGCCUGAUGAAUGUGCUGGAUUGCUGCCCACCCCAGCUGACCGGUGCAGACCUCUAUUCUCUCUGCUCUGACGCCAUGAUGACUGCCCUCAAACGUAGGGUUCGAGACCUAGAGGAAGGGCUAGAGCUGCGGAGCUCAACACUGUUGCUCACCAUGGAGGACCUGUUGCAGGCCGCGGCCCGGCUGCAGCCCUCAGUCAGUGAGCAGGAGCUGCUGCGUUACAAGCGCAUCCAAUGCAAGUUUGCCGCCUGCUAGGAGCUGCCUGCCAUCCGUCUGCAUCUGCCCCCUGGUUGAAGGUACCUGCCACCUGUCACCUGAAGGCUGCCGCCUCCCAGAGAUCCCUUGUGAGCCCUAGUGGGGGGCCUUGUGUUCAGGAGAAGAGGAAGGACUUGGUAGCCUGGGAUCUGUGUUGAGGCACCAUUUCUGGGACAGAAAAUAAAGUGCAUGCUGCCCCCUG